AUGUGUGUGGAUUAUUGUGCCUUUCAUAAGGAUAUUGUGAAGGACAAGUAUCCCAUACCAAAUAUUGAUGAACUCUUGGAUGAUCUUCAUGGGGCUCAAAUGUUUUCUAAGCUGGACUUACGUUCAGGGACUUUGCAGGAGCAUAUACAACACUCGCAAACUGUUUUGGAAAUUUUGAAGUCUCGACAAUUUUUUGCUAAAGCUUCAAAGUGUAUUUUUGGAAGUAAUGAGGUGGAGUAUCUAGGACAUAUCAUUUCCAAAAAGGGUGUGAAGGCUGAUUCGCAAAAGAUUAUAGCAAUGCAAAAUUGGGUGGAGCAUAAGAAUCUUAAGGCUUUAAAGGGAUUCUUGGGACUCAUAGGUUAUUAUAUGAAAUUUCUGCAAGGGUACGAGAGCAUUGCAGCUCCACUCAUUGCUUAUUAA